UCAUGUUAUAUUUUUUGUAAAUAAGACACAUUUGGGUUACUAUAGAAGGGGCAAUUUAUAUUCUUUGUCACACCGCUAUUCUCGCGAGAUUUGUUGUGGUGUUUGGAGUUGCAGACAUGCAAAGGACUUUGGGCCAUCAGCAGCAGUGGGGAACAUUUGGCUAGCUGAACAAGGUAUUUGUCAUAUUGUGUUGAAAUGUUCUGUAUAUUUGUGGUGUGCAUUGGUUUGAUUUUUUGUACGCUCAUGUAGUUGCACAACACUGGAGUGUUUGCUGCACAAGAACCUCCGAAGUGGCAGGCGGCCACGAGUUUUCACGGCUUAAAACUCAAGUAAAGAGCCCGCCUUUAAGAAACCGAGCCAGUGUUGUCAUUUCGGAGCCACAGUGAAAACUCACCCAGCCCAGCCCCGGUGUGAAGGACGUCAAGACGAAGACGCCAGCAGGUGCAGUGAGUGACGGUACCGUGGUGCGACACCAGAGGGCGCCAGUAUCAAAGCUCAUCACACACAAGCAACCAAGCGAUGUAUUAAGAAUGAGUAAAGUGGAAAUUAAGAAAGGACUUUGCUAAAGGAAAAACGAGUGGUUUAAGUAAAGUUUAAAGGUCCACUAUAAGUUUCUACAGCAUAUUUGUCAAAAGUUACUUGAUUUUUACUGUACCUCAAAGUGAUGCAUUGUUGUUGAAAUAAGAGUUUUGUGCAUUUUGCUUAAGGUCAAAACAGCAUUUUAAGUUUCUAAAAAGACACUUACAAGGUAAAGUUCAACUAAGCGAAUUUGAAGAAGUAUUUUUGGAAUUUAAACAGUGUGUUAACCAAACGAUAAAGAGGACUGACAAAUAUAAAGAAGAGUUACCACUUAACGAAGUUGCAGAACAUGAUGAAGUGCAAGCUGCAGAAGAACAAAAAACAGUUCGUAGAGGUGAAAGACUAAGAACAUUAACCGAAAAGGGUAAAGAAUUUCAAGAGGAGAAACUAAAGAGCCUCAAACACAAAUAUUCACUUGUUUUUUAAAAAUGGAGAUAUGAAGCAAGAUUGAGCAGAGUAAUGCUGAGAAAGGAAGCUUCAGGAUGUGAAUUAAAGGAAUUAAUAACGUAAACAUCACUUGUAAAGAUGUGCAAGUUGUUUAUGACCGGAUACGUAAAAUACAAUCUCCUGAAGCAGAAAUUAGGCGUAAAGUUGAUGCAUGCACGUCACUCCAGAUUUAUAGUCAACAGAGCUGAAAAAUGGCUUGAAGGAGACAUUGAGGAUGACGAGGAAUCGUGGCCAGGAUUCGGAUCAUGCUUAGGAUCUGAAAGUUCUAAAUCAAGGUCAAUAUCACAAAGGUCCAAAAGUAGUUCAGGACAAUCCCGCUCAAAAAUAAUAAAAAGAAUGGAAGCUGAAGCAGCUGCAUCUCAAGAAAUACUGGCAGUAAAGGACGAGCAGGAAAAGGAAAAGGCUGAACUACAAAAUUUGGAACGCGAGAACUUUGCAAGGCAACAAGCAAUGGAAGAGUGGCGUAGAAAGAUCGACCGCUUAGAAGAAGUUACGAAAAUGAAUGCUGCUAAAGAUCGCUUAAAGAUUUACGAUGAAGUUGAAAGUACUGCUGAAAGUCAAAGUUUGUCACACAGUAUUAAAGCAGCAAGUGAAACCCAAGCAAUCCCUAUCACACCAAGCAUUCCCUUUCAAGCUAUAAACACAACCCAAGUCUUCCAUGCUACAAGCCAUGCGUUUGCUCCACACAUUCAACAAACUCCUAUCAUACAAGCAAAGGCCACAAGUCAAACACUCAAAGCAUCAAGUCCACCAUUCAUCCCUCAAGCCACACAAGUUAAAACGGUUGUAACGCAACCACAAGCAAAUUCUGAUCUAGUUGGCAUACUAGCAGAAACAAUAAGUGCAAAUCGACUUCCAACUCCAGAACCUGCAUUGUUCACUGGAGACCCACUGAAGUUCAAAGACUGGCAGUUGUCAUUUGAAACCUUAAUUGAAAGAAAGAACAUUCACAAGAAUGAAAAACUUUACUAUCUCAGGAAGUAUCUCGGUGGAUCUGCAAAAAGAGCAGUAGAAGGAUUCCUCCUAGUAGGUACAGAUGAAGCGUACGACUCAGCUUGGAAAUUGCUGGAAAAGCGUUUUGGAGAUCUGUUCACCAUAGGAAAAUGCUUUAGAGACAAGCUUCAUGGUUAGCCGAAAAUAAGCUACAAAGAUGGAAGUGAGUUAAGGGAAUUUGCUGACUUUCUUGGAAGUUGUGAAGCUGCGAUACCACACAUAAAGGCGUUAGAAGUUCUCAAUGAUUGUAUGGAAAUUCAGAGACUCUUGUUGAAACUUCCAGAUUGGUUGACUACAAGAUGGAACCGCACAGGCAUGAAAAUAAGACAAACAAAUAAUGGAGAGUAUCCAUCCUUCAGCACGUUUGUGGAGUUUGUGACUAUGGAAGCUGACUUAGCAUGCGAUCCCAUAGCCUCAAUGCAAGCACUCAAAGGUUUGAACACAAGUAAACCCAAACAUUCACGCAGUCAAGUCAUUCAAGCAAAAACGUUUACUACAAACUCAAGUCACUCAACAAGCUCAGGUCACGCGAAUACUGUAACCUGUCUCUUCUGCAAAAGGAAUGGCCACACUCUUGAUAAAUGUUUCAAGUUCAUGGAAAAAAUGGUUCAAGAUCGUGUCAAGUUUGCACAGACAGAAAAGCUGUGUUUCGGAUGUUUAAAGACUGGACAUCAUUCAAAGAAGUGCGAUAAAAGGAGCACAUGUGACAAAUGUCAAAGGAGACAUUCUACAUGUCUGCAUUACAAGUUCAUGGAACGUAAACGGGCAACAGCUGCAAAGAGUGAGGAUAACUUUCAAGACAAAGUAGACACUAAAGUCACAAAGGAGGAAGAUAAAUCUACAGCAAUCUCUAACAGGGUAAUUCAAGACACCUCAAACACGUUGACAUCCUCUAUACUACCUGUCUGGGUCUCAUCCACAAACCACCCAGAGAAAGAAGUUUUAGUGUAUGCGCUUCUCGACUCACAGAGCGAUACAUCUUUCAUCUUGGAUGAAGUAGUUCAAGAUCUCAACACAGAUAAAAGCAAAGCCAGUCUGCGGCUAUCUACUAUGUCCGCCAAGUCAACAGUUAUACCAUGUGAGAAGCUGGUAAACCUUCAAGUCAGAGGAUAUAAGUGGGGAAAGAAAAUCAUAUUACCACCAGUCUUUACUAGAGAGUUUAUCCCAGUUAACAGGUCACAUAUCCCGACGUCUGAAACCGCUUUGAAGUGGCCUCAUCUGGAAAAGCUAGUAGAUAAGUUACCACCAAUGCUCGAAUGUGAAGUUGGUCUGCUUAUCGGCUAUAACUGUCAACAAGCCCUUCUACCAAGAGAAGUUCUUGCAGGCAAAGAAAACCAACCCUACGCACAGCUAACCGAUCUCGGCUGGAGCAUAGUUGGUUGCUCGUAUCAAGUACACAAUCACAAUGAUGCCAUCGGCACAAGUCACAGAAUCCUUGUGCGUGAAGUAACUCCUGCUUCACAACCGGCAGUUGAACUCAAGCAAGAAGUGCGUUUUGUAUGCAGAACUCAAGUAAAAGAAGUCAAUCCAAUUGAUGUGAUAAAGGCUUUGGAAUCUGACUUCUCCGAGCAUGCAACAGACGACAAUACAAUUUCUCAAGAAGAUAUUUUGUUCAUGACAAAGGUGACAAAAGGCAUACGACAAAAAUAAGACUGUCACUACGAACUUCCACUACCAUUCAAAACAGACAAUCCAAAUCUUCCAAACAACAAACAAUACGCUGAGCACAGAUUGUCCUCAUUGGAACGUAGACUCAGAGGGGACGAGAAAUACUACAAGUAUUAUGUCAAGUUUAUGGAUGACAUCAUAACCCGCGGAGACGCAGAAAGAGUCCCAAUACAAGAGCUGGAAAACACGACAGCGUGGUACAUUCCUCACCACAGGGUUUACCACCCCCAUAAGCCUGCAAAGAUCUGUGUGGUUUUUGAUUGUUCUGCCCGUUUCCAGGAAACAUCUCUCAACGAUCAUCUUCUGACUGGACCAGACCUCACCAACACAUUGGUUGGAGUGUUAUGCCGCUUCAGAGAGGGUCUCAUCGCCUUCAUGUGUGACGUGGAGAGAAUGUUCCAUCAAUUCCAUGUUGUCAAGGAACAUCAAGACUACCUGAGAUUUCUCUGGUGGGACAAAGGUGAUUUGAACUCCGAACCUUCAGUGUACAGGAUGAAAGUGCACCUUUUCGGGGCAGCUUCCUCUCCCGGAUGCUGUAACUUCGGACUCAAACAUCUCGCAUCUGAAGGUAAAGACAAGUUCAGCAAAGAGACUGUCAAGUUUAUCCAAAGAGGUUUUUACGUUGAUGAUGGACUUGCUAGUGUAACGUCAACAGCCGAAGCCAUAAAGCUGGUCAAAGAGUCAAGAGCACUUUGCAAGACAGGCAAACUCCGUUUGCAUAAGUUUGUGUCAAACAAUAAAGAACAAGACCUGGCUCUUGAAGAGCCUCACGUUGAACGCGCACUUGAAGUACAAAGGUGUAUCGAGGCAGAUGAAUUCCAAUUCAGAGUCAAAGUCAAAGACAACCCGUUGACAAGGAGAGGGGUGCUCUCGACAGUUGCAUCAGUUUAUGACCCCCUUGGGUUUGUCGCCCCAUUCAUACUGAUUGGAAAGCAAAUACUCCAAGCGUUGUGCAAAGACAAAGUAAAUUGGGACGACGAUCUCCCAGACCACAUUCUACCACGGUGGGAAGCAUGGUUGAGAGACCUGCCCAAACUGGCAGCUCUGAAGAUCCCACGAAGCUACUCACAAGACAUCAAUGUUGUACAGUAUGAGUUACAAACCUUCUCAGACGCAAGCCUCGAAGGUUAUAGGCGCAUGUUCAUACCUCAGAGCAAUAAGUAAAGAAGAAAAAAUCAGUUGUUCACUAGUCAUGGGUAAAUAAAUAAAUAAAUGGGUUGUACUUGUAUAGCGCUUUUCUACCUUCAAGAUACUCAAAGCGCUUUGACACUACUUCCACAUUUACCCAUUCACACACAAAUUCACACACUGAUGGAGGAGCUGCCAUGCAAGGCGCCAACCAGCACCCAUCAGGAGCAAGGGUGAAGUGUCUUGCUCAGGACACAACGGACGUGACGAGGUUGGUACUAGGUGGGAUUUGAACCAGGGACCCUCGGGUUGCGCACAGCCACUCGCCCACUGCGCCACGCAGCAAGAGUUACACCAAUUAAACAAACAACCAUCCCGAUACUCGAACUAUCAUCAGCCGUGACUUCAGUCCGCAACGCAGAUGUAAUCAAGUGAGAACUGGAAAUUGAAAAUCUCAAGGAAUAUUAUUGGUCAGAUUCACAAGUCGUAUUGGCAUACAUAUCCAACGAUGCAAAAAGAUUUCACACAUUCGUCGCCAAUCGAAUCCAACGAAUAAGACAAAGCACAAGUCCUGAAAAAUGGCAGCACGUCAGCUCAGAAGACAACCCUGCUGAUCACGCCUCAAGAGGUUUAAGCGCAACUCAGUUGAAAGAAUCAAACUGGUUAAAAGGCCCAGAUUUCCUUUGGAAACAAGAUGUUCCAGUCCAUGAGGAAAUGGUGGGAGAGAUCGAAGAAACGGAUCCCGAACUCCGUAAAGGUCACACGCACACUACACAGUCAAAGGAAGCAAACCCGGUGCUAGAACAUUUACAGAAAUUUUCUGAUUUGUCUAGAGCAAUAAAGGCCAUCGCCAGACUCAAGAGAUUCAUCAAAGAAUAUAAAAGUAUCCAACAAAGAACGAACAAAGUCACAGAUCUUGAAGAGAGAAAGGAUGCAGAAAUGUUCAUCAUCAAGCUAGUGCAAAGAGAUGCUUUCCCUAAGGAAAUAAAGAAAAUCAGAUCUCAAAAGGAAAAUUCUUUACACAAGCACAACAGACUAAUACAGUUGAACGCUUUCCUGGACAAGUCAGAUGUUCUCAGGGUGGGAGGAAGAUUAUCCCAAUCAGCCUUACAUCAUGAUGUGAAACACCCCGCAAUUAUUCCCAAAGAAUCUCACGUGUCAGCCCUACUCGUCAAACACUACCAUGAACGUGUAUAUCAUCAAGGGAGAGGCAUGACUACAAAUUGAUUGCAUGCAAAUGGAAUAUGGAUCUUAGGAUGUGGAAAUGUUGUUUCAUCGCACAUCUACCGCUGCGUUAAGUGCAGGAAAUACAGAAAAGCUGCAAUUGUCCAACAGAUGGCAGAUUUGCCAGAAGAGAGAACAGAAACAGCGCCACCUUUUACCUACUGCGGCAUCGACUGUUUCGGCCCAUUCAUAGUAAAGGAUGGAAGGAAAGAAGUCAAAAGAUAUGGAUUAUUGUUCACAUGCUUAUGUUCUCGAGCUGUGCACAUUGAAACAAUCGACGACUUAUCGACUGAUGCUUUCAUGAAUGCCCUUCGAACUCUGAUCGCCAUAAGAGGUCCUGUCCGACAAUUAAGGUGUGACCAAGGGACACAUUUUAUGGGUGCUAGGAGAGAGUUUUCGGAGUUAAUGAAAGACAUGGAUCAAGAACAACAAAGAGUCAUUGGUUGUGAAUUUGUGAAGAACGUUCCAUCAGCAAGCCACAUGGGAGGUAUCUGGGAACGCCAAAUUCGAACAGUGCGAAGCAUACUUACAGCAAUGCUUGACAAGUACUCAAACAGACUUGAUACAACUAGUCUAAGAACAUUACUUUACGAGACAAUGGCAAUCAUCAACAGUAGACCCUCAAGUGUUGAAUAUCUAAAUGAUCCCACGGGUCCAGAACCACUAACUC